AUGUCACGAGGCAACUUUGGAGCUCGCGGGGGCUCUGGACGUGGACGUGGUGGAUAUUCAGGAAGAGGUCGUGGGGGGGCUAUGGCCUACACUCAAGGCCCACCGAGUCAUGUCCUCGAAAUGGGUCACUAUCUUCAUGAAUGUGAAGGUGAUAUGGUCUGUCGCUCGUCAAAUCCCAAAAUACCAUACUUUAAUGCACCCAUAUAUUUAGAGAACAAGCAACAGAUAGGGAAAGUGGAUGAAAUAUUAGGGCGAAUAGAAGAAGUUUAUUUCACAGUCAAAUUACAGGAAAACAUAUUGGCGAAAUCUUUCAAAUCACAGGACAAGGUUUACAUAGCAGAGGAUAAACUUUUGCCAUUGGAGAGGUUCCUACCAAAACCACCCGUACCCAAAGUUAAAGGUCCUAAAGGGAGAGGAGAUCGAGGACGCGGACGCGGGGGUCGCGGACGUGGUCGUGGUGGAAAUUUUGGUGGUCGCGGUAAUUUUGGCGGUGGUCGCGGUGGUGGUUUCGGUAGUCGUGGUGGUGGUUUCGGUAGUCGCGGUGGCGGAAGUUCGCGCGGUGGAUUCCGUGGUGGACGUAGUAGUAGACGUUGGUAG